AUGGCGACGGUCACCUCCGUAGUGACCGAGCUCGUCACUCGGACGGCGUCUGCUGCGGCGGCGACGUCGAGUAGCAGCAACAGAGCGCCUCCGCAGGCUGGUAUUCUGGAGGGCAUGGAUCCUUCGGUCUACAAUCCGAAGGACCCGAUCAUUACCUUCAUUAUCCAGGCAGGAAUAAUCAUCGGUUUCUGCCGCCUCCUCCACUACCCUCUCUCCAAGCUCCGCCAGCCACGAGUCAUAGCAGAAGUUAUUGGGGGGAUCCUUUUGGGACCAUCGGUCAUGGGCCGCAUACCAGGCUUCACGGCUGCCAUAUUCCCGGCUGCCGCCAUGCCUAACCUUGCGCUCGUCGCUAAUCUGGGACUGGUCCUCUUCUUGUUCCUAGUGGGAUUAGAAGUCGACUUGCGUUUCUUGAUUAGUAACUGGAAAAUAGCAGUCUGCGUUGGACUGGCAGGGAUGGCACUGCCUUUUGGGCUAGGAGCAGCUAUUGCUUGGGGUCUGUAUAAUCGAUUUGCAUCUGAGCCGGGGACGAUACCCAUCAGUUUUGGGGUCUACAUGUUGUUCAUUGGCGUUGCCAUGGCUAUCACGGCUUUUCCAGUACUAUGCAGGAUCCUCACAGAGCUGAAGUUGCUCAUGACACCCGUCGGUGUGAUCGUAGUUUCUGCAGGCGUGGGUAAUGAUGUUACAGGAUGGAUUCUCCUCGCACUUUGUGUAGCGUUGGUUAACGCAGGGACCGGCUUAACAGCUUUGUGGGUGCUGUUAACCUGUUUAGCAUACACUCUCUUCCUUGUGUACGCCAUCCGGCCUGCCUUUAUGUGGAUUCUGAGACGCACCCGAAGUCUUCAAGAUGGGCCCAGCCAAGGCAUUAUGGCACUUACGCUCAUGCUAGCGCUGGGCUCCUCCUUCUUCACUGGAGUCAUUGGAGUCCAUCCUAUUUUCGGUGCCUUUAUGGUUGGAAUCAUCUGCCCGCACGAAGGCGGAUUUGCCAUCAAAGUCACGGAGAAGAUCGAGGAUCUUAUUAGCUCCCUAUUCUUACCGCUGUACUUCGCACUCUCGGGCUUGAAUACCAACAUCGGAUUACUCGAUAAUGGUAUCACGUGGGCAUACGUUAUCGGCGUCAUCGCGGUCGCAUUUUUUGCCAAAUUCAUUGGGGCCGCAUUGGCUGCUCGAGUUAAUGGACUUGUAUGGCGCGAGUGCUUCACCAUCGGCGCGCUGAUGAGCUGCAAAGGACUGGUGGAGCUGAUUGUGCUGAAUAUCGGCUUGCAAGCUCGGAUUCUGAGCCCUCGCACAUUCACAAUUUUUGUGGUUAUGGCUCUUGUUACGACUUUUGCUACCACGCCCCUGACAUCAGCACUCUACCCGCCGUGGUAUCAGAAGAAAAUCGAAGCAUGGAAACGAGGAGAGAUCGACUGGGACACCGGUGCUCCGUUGUCGAGAUCCGACGAGAGCAGUGCUCGCGAUAGCCUCGCGUAUGAGAAGCUCGAAAGCUCCAAAGUUCACAGGCUGCUUGUAUAUCUUCGGCUGGACAAUAUGCCCACACUCCUCGCUUUCGCGUCGCUACUUGGGGGCAGACCAGAGGUAGCGGCUCCUCGCCUUCAUCCUUCCCAUCAAGCUCCUGUAGAAGACGAUGGCGCAGAGCCAUCUGCUAGCCCCAAGCGGCCUGUUCAAGCGCACGGGGUCCGGCUAAUAGAACUGACGGAUCGUGAGUCGUCCGUCAUGAAAGUGUCUGAAGUAGACGAGUACAGCGCGCACGAUCCUGUUGUCAAUACAUUCAAGACCUUCGGACAGCUCCACAACCUGGCUGUUUCUGGCGAGGUAGCCGUGCUGCCGCAAACAAUGUUCGCAGACACUCUGGUAUCGAAAGCGUCCGAAAUGUCCUCGGAUCUCAUUCUCCUCCCAUGGAGCGAGACGGGCGGCAUGAGCGAAUCACAAAUCAUUUCCUCCGACAGCGUCAAGAACAAGCUAGCGACUUCUGCGUACAACCAGUUUGUAGCUGCAGCUCUCGAGACCGCAUCCUGCACCACCGCUGUCUUCAUCAACAAGAACUUCGGCGGCUCCGCCACAAGGGCGAGAGAGAUACCCACCCUAACAAGAACGCUCAGCUCCCUCAGUCUACGGAGCAGCAGCGGACUCGUAACCACGCCAAUCACAGACCGCAGCCAUCACAUCUUCUUCCCCUUCUUCGGCGGCGCCGAUGACAGAGUCGCCCUCCGGCUCAUCCUCCAGCUCGCGGAGAGCCCGGACGUCACGGCCACAAUCGUGCAUUUCGAAGUCCCGGGCGGGUACUUUGAUGAAGGAGCUGCCCUGAUGCCCGUUACAUCUGGCAACGUCUCGCCGGUAGCAACGAGGCAAACGGCGCCCACCGACACUAGCGCCCCCACAGCGCCAACACUCCCAAGCGAACGCGACGCCGCCUUCUUCGCCUCUCUACGUAACUCCGUGCCAGCGGAACUUGCGUCCAGGGUUACUUUCGAGACUGUCCAGACAAGCAAGCCUCUGGCUGCAGCCUUGGAUCGCGCGAAGUUGGAGAUGGGGCAGAAUCCAAGGAACGCGGGCGAUUUGGUGGUGCUGGGGCGCAAUGCGGCGAACCGCACGGCGCUCCUGAAGGAGGAAGCCGAUCCGAGUGCUAUGAACUAUGAGGCUGGUAGGUGUUUGGGCGUCUUGGCGGAGGUGGUGGUGAGGAGUACGAUGAGGGCGAGUGUGUUGGUCGUGCAGGCGAGGGGAAAGGGCACGGAAUGA